CGACACAUGUGGACAGAACUGCCUGCUCAGGCCACCAGGAUGACCACCCCUGCCUCCUGGCCACACCCUCCUCCUUGCCUGCUGCUGACUCUACUGCUGGGACUCACAGGCAUGGCAGGUGAGAAGGAGCUGCAGGUGAUUCAGCCUGAGAGGUCGGUGUCCGUCGCAGCCGGAGAGACGGCCACUCUGAACUGCACCGUGACCUCCCUGUACCCCCUGGGGCCCACCCGGUGGUUCAGGGGGACAGGGCCAGGCCGGGAGUUAAUCUAUAGUUUCACACAAAAGGAGGCAACCCGCUUCCCUCAAGUAACAGAUGUUGCAGACACCACAAGGAGAAACAAAAUGGACUAUUCCAUCCGCAUCAGUAACAUCACCCCCGCAAACGCCGGUACCUACUACUGUGUGAAGUUCCAGAGAGGAAGCACUGGCGAAGACGUGGAGCUUAAGUCUGGAGCAGGCACUCGGCUCACUGUGAGUGGCGUGGCAGGUGAGAAGGAGCUGCAGGUGAUUCAGCCUGAGAGGUCGGUGUCCAUCGCAGCCGGAGAGACGGCCACUCUGCUCUGCACCGUGACCUCCAUAUACCCCGUGGGGCCCAUCCAGUGGUUCAGGGGGACAGGGUCAGGCCGGGAGUUAAUCUACAGUUUCAAACCAAGUGAGGCAACCCGCUUCCCUCGAGUAACAAGUGUUGCAGACACCACAAAGGGCAACAACAUGGACUUUUCCAUCCGCAUCAGUAACGUCACCCCCGCAGACGCCGGUACCUACUACUGUGUGAAGUUCCAGAGAGGAAUACCUGACGACGUGGAGCUUAAGUCUGGAGCAGGCACUCGGCUCACUGUGAGUGCCAAACCCUCUCCCCCCAUGGUAUCAGGCCCCACGGUGAGGGCCCUACCUGGGCAGACAGUGAGCUUCACCUGUGAGUCCCAUGGCUUCUCCCCCCGAAACAUCGUCCUGAAAUGGUUCAAAGAUGGAAAUGAGCUCCCAGCCUCCCAGACCACAGUGUACCCGGAGGGAGACAGCGCUUCCUACAGCGUAUUCCGCACAGCCACAGUGGUGCUGGCCCCGGGGGACGUUCGCUCUCAGGUGGUCUGCGAGGUGGUCCAUGUCACUCUGAAGGGGGGCCCUCCUCUUCGUGGGACUGCCAACUUGUCUGAGACCAUCCGAGUUCCGCCCAUCAUGGAGGUUACCCAACACCCUGUGGCAGGGAACCAGGUGAAGGUCAUUGCCUGUCAGGUGAAGAAGUUCUACCCCCAGCGCCUACAGCUGACCUGGUUGGAGAACGGAAACCUGUCCCGAACAGAAAUGGCCUCGACCCUCACAGAGAACAAGGAUGGAACCUUUAACCGGAUGAGCUGGCUCCUCGUGAAUUUACCUGCCCACAGGGAGGAGGUGGUGCUCACCUGCCAGGUGGAGCACGAUGGGCAGCCGGCGGUCACCAAACACCUUACCCUGGAGACCUCUGGCCACCCAAAGGACCAGGGCACAGGUCCAGAGGCACCUGCUGUUAUCUUUGUGGCUGUCCUCCUGGGCUUAAAGGUGCUAUUAGUGACAAGUUUCACAGUCACCUACAUCUACAGGUGGUGGAAACUCUAACAGCUCAUGCCUGCCCUGUAAUACGUUGCCUUCUGCCCUCUCCAAGCAGCUCAAGUAGAGAGAAGCUGCAAAGACCUACAGGUUACUCAAGACCCCUGCCCUCCACUCUGCCAGACCCACUUCCACCACGGACAUGCUCCCUUCACACACCCUCCUGAUGGCCCUUCUCUCUGAUGGUAAAGCUGAGUUAAGGAUGGACUUUGGUCAUGGGGCCUCGGGCAUGUCUGGACCCUGUGCAUUGAGCUUCAAACUGGCCCUGCCUCCACCCAAAAGAGAAUCAAGAAGAUAAGACAACAGGUUUCUUUCCUGCCCUGGUCGUGAACAACCCUUAAUAUUCAGAGCAUUUUACUUUUAUCCAGAGUUUUUGCAAGUGUGAUUUCAUUUUAACACGUAUAUAUUUGAAAUCACUAAGUUGAAUAAGCAUUUUUCUAUUCUUAAAUACAUAAUAAAUAAUAUAAGAAAUAUCAAUGGUCCUACCAUCCUAUCUUUACAAAAUAGUAACAUUUUGUCUUAUGUUCUCUGUUCUUUUGUAAAAUUCUGUCCUGAAUAUGGUGUUAUCAUUCUCUAGCAUGAUUUUAUACUUUUAUAACAUAUGUGUAAAUCCUUAAGCAAUAUUUAAUAUUACUUUCCAUGUUUCAAAUUUUGUAUAAAUGCUAUUAUACUGUAUACACCACUUUGGAAUUUUAUUUUUUAUGCUUAACAUAGUUUUUGUGUUUAAUGUUUAUAUAUGUAGCUCCACUGUAUUACUUUUCCACAGCUCUAAAGAUUGCUAUUGUAAGAUAUGCUAUAAUUUAUUGAUUCUUCUCAUAUCUAAUGUUUUGCUAGUACAACUUCGCAGUGAGCAUUCUUAUCUUCACUUCCUUGUCACAUAUGCUCCUCUAGUAUGGUCGGCAAAGCAGCAGUGUUUGUAUCAUUUGGGAGCUUUUGUUAUAUAAAAAUCUGUUUUCAAUUUUUGAUCAAGUUUUGCUCUUUCUAUUUAUGCCUUUGACCUAGCUGUGUUUCUCUGGAGUGUGUUAUUAUAGGUCAUGAGAAUCUUUUGUUUUAUUUCUACAAGGAUAAAUUACCCAGCACCCAAGAAUCUGCACGGUGUCCUUUGCCAUAUAUCACAUUUCCAUAAAUACAAUAUGUGGUUCUUUUGAUGAGCUGUUUCAUUGAUUACAUGUUUAUCUCUCUAUCAGAACUACCCUGCUUUAAUUAGAAUAGCUUUAUAAUAAUUUUGAUAUCUUUUUAGGCAAAGCUAUAUACAUUUUCUUGUUUUUUCAAAUUACCCGGCUGUUACUGGU